AUGGAUAACAGUAGCAGCAUCAAUUCCACCGCUUCUUCCGCAUCCAAUCUCAGCACGACUUCCAUGGAAAAGAUCGAUCAAGCGGCGAGCUGGGUCGGCACCACCGUAAUCUCCGCCUUCUUCGCUUCCCUCGAGCGUUGUUCCUGCGUUAAUCUAUCAACCUCCGAUGAUGAUGACGACGGAGAAGAAGCCCAUAGUCGUCCCCUUGCUCUCUCCGCCGCUCCUCACCCAAACGACAUCGUUUAG